AAGACAUCAGACUUGGAACUUGAGAAAAAAGUAGAGACACUCAAAGACACUCAGAGGCAAUUUAGACAUCUGUAUGAUUUAGCAAGACAUCUCUACACACAGUACGGACAAGUUAUCUACACACAGAAAAUUCUUGGUGAAGUUUUGACUGACCUGUCACACAAAUAUCUUGAGGAUGGCCUAACUGACCAGUUCAACAUAACAGCAACUACCCAAAGAAUAAUGACCAAAAAUGGGGAAGCCUUAUUGGGUUUAUGUCUGAAUGUUUUCUUGAAGAGCAUGUCUACAUUGUGCAAUACAACCAUCGAAGAUACGCUGAACACUGUUAAGGAGUUGGAGGCAUCAAGGUUAAAGUACGAUGCGUAUCGAUCUUAUCUUGAGAAAGUUCGAGAUUCACCUAGAGACUUCCAUUACACUUUGAAACUGCAAGAAGCAGAGAGAAAUUUCACCAAACAUCAAGCCAAGUAUAAAAGGCUUCAUCAUGAUCUCAACAUCAAACUCAAGUUCCUCGAUGAAAAUAGGAUUAAAGUCUGCCAGAAACAUCUGCACCUAUUCCAGCGCGGAUUCCUGUGCUACAUCAACAACAACAAACAGGGCAUGGAUGAAAUUAUGCAACAAUUCAAC